CGGAGUUUGUUGCUCUCGUCGCAGUCGCAGGGUCCAUGUGCAUAGAAUGACGUCGCCGUGACCGCAAGUCCGACGCGACUCCCUCCGUUUGUUUUGUCAUUACUCUUUCUUUUGCUUUUUAUUUCUUCUUCUUCUUUUUUUUGUGUGUGUGUGUGGGUGGGGGGGGGGCGGGAGGAUUCUUCCUGUUAUCUCUCUGGCUCCGCCAGAAAUCGACAAUCUGCAGAGACCUCACGGGGCCGUAACGUGGGAGAGAUCAUCUGUCGUCCGUCCCGUCACGAGCGGCGCGGACCGCCGCCGAGGAUUACUGAUGACAACCGGCCGCACACCUCUGCUCCUCCGGCGGCUCGACUGACCACACGAGGACCCCCUGACUUUCAUAUAUAUAUGUAUAUAUAUAUAUUGUAUAUAUACAUAUAUAUUCUUCUUUCUCCACCGGAAUAGAUCGCUGCCCAGCAACACACACACACACACACACGCACACACACACACACCCACCUGACAACUCUGGAUGUCGCAAUUAAGGUGAAUCAAUGAGCCAGCAAUGGAGACCAAAAGAUACCAAAGUUUCUUUGAUGGAAGCGACACGGAAAACCGAUGGUCUCAGGUCCCCAGCACCAUGGAGUACUGCUGCAGUGCAGAAGAUUCAAGUCUGACGAGCAGUGAUAUCCUGAUGGACAUAGUCAAUGUCAGCUGCCCCGCUGGAAGUGCAGCCGCAGACUGCAAAGACAACAUCAUAAAGAAGCAGGAGCAGCAGCAGAUGCUUCGGCUCAGCCAGAACCAGCCGUUUGUUCUCCCACACUUCAACAACUCUCUCCACGGUCAUAAGCAGGAAAUGGACUCCAAGGAGCUUUCCAAGACCGUGGCGGAGUCCAUGGGUCUGUAUAUGAAUGCUGCCAGGGAGGCAGACUUUGCCUUCAGCCAGCACGGGGGCAGUACCAGUCCUGGGAAGAUGAAUCCAAUGUGUGGACGCCCUCUUGAUGAGACCCAGCGUGGUACCACAAAGAGCCCCAAGAUGAAGCCAUUUGGUUUUCAGCAGUCCAGCACCACUCCCAGAGAAUGCACCACUGGGACUCCAGUCAGCUCAGCGACGAUGCUGGCCUCAUCUCUGUCCUGCAGCCCCCAGACCUCCAGCUCCAUCUCCAGCCCCGGGGGCAGCAACAACAUGGUGUCGUCGACCACCAGUCCGCCUACAUGCUUUGGACCAGCGUGUUCAUCCGUCAGCAGUCCCGUCAGCCAGAUGUCAUGUGCUGCAACUCUGGCCAACAUCAAGCGCAGAAAUUCAGCCACAUGUAGCCCUGUAGAGUCCACCACUGUGGGUUCACCACCACUCACCAGCCCACUCAAUGUCAUGAGGUCUCCCAUGUCCAGCCCCCAGAGUAUGAGUAGUGUGAGAUCGCCUCCGUCCUGCAGCACUACGUGUAACAUUAGGUCAUCUGUUUCGAGCCCCACAGGUGGCAGCUGCUCCAGCACUGCCAACAACUGCAACACAGGAAGGCCUUCCAUCUCCAGUCCAGCCACAGGGAGCACUAUGGCUGUCGGCAGCCCACAGAACCCGUCCUCUGGUGGGUUCCCCGUGUCCAGUCCUGCUGGCGGACUGGGUUUGGUGCAGAAUGACACCAACAGCCCAGAAGAAACGGCCCUGACCCGAGACACAGACUUCAAGGACUUUGAGUUCCCCAAAGUAGAGAUGGUGGACGGGGAGGUGUUCAACGUCGGCCUAGACCAGAUGGGCAUGGUUAAAUACAUUAAGAACGAGCCUGGAACUGACUUCAGGAGCAUGUGUCUCGGUAGCUCCAAAUGUAGUGUGAGCAGCACACCCUUCAUCACACAGAUUAAGAGUGAGCCAAACAAAAAUGAGGGAUGUAUGAAUCAACAGCCCUAUGGCGAGCCGUCACCGUCUCUUGGUCUCUUCCCCGCGUCUGAGACCACCUAUUUGUCCCUGAGGAAUAACAUUGAUGAAUAUAGUCUCUCUGGUAUCUUAGGACCCCCUGUCGCCUCUAUGAAUGGGAACUAUGAGCCCGAUGUGUUCUCCAACAAUAUCCUGUCUAAAGGGGUUAAGCAGGAGCCUACUGAUGGCAGCUAUUACCAAGAGAAUAACAGCAUGCCUACAUCGGCCAUUGUUGGAGUUAAUUCCGGUGGACACUCAUUCCAUUACCAGAUUGGAGCCCAAGGAACAAUGUCUUUCACGCGGCAUGAUGUGAGGGACCAGUCCAACCCAUUGUUGAGUCUAAUUUCGCCCGUAACGGCGUUAAUGGAGUCGUGGAAAUCUCGGCCAGGCAUGUCAGCCAGAGGCGAAGGAUACCCAGGACAAAACUGCAUCACAGACAACAUGUCAAGUUCGCCACUGAGGCAACCGUCCUCGACCGUCAAAGUGUGCCUGGUUUGUGGAGACGAGGCGUCAGGAUGCCACUACGGCGUCGUCACAUGUGGAAGCUGCAAAGUCUUCUUCAAGAGAGCGGUGGAAGGUCAGCACAACUACCUGUGCGCCGGGAGGAACGACUGCAUCAUCGACAAGAUCCGACGGAAAAACUGUCCGGCGUGUCGCGUACGGAAGUGUCUCCAGGCCGGGAUGAACCUCGGAGCACGAAAGUCCAAAAAGUUGGGAAAGUUGAAGGGGGUCAGCGAGGACCUGCCGGGCUCGAAGGACGGCCAAACCGCCACAGGUGGCGUCGGAGGCGGUUACCUGUCGUCGGAGAAGGAGCUGAACGCCAGCGCCGCCGGUGCCCUGGUGCCUCACGGGCCUGGGGUGGUCACGCCUUUUCUGCCGCCCUCCAUCUGCAGCGUGCUGGAGCUGAUUGAGCCCGAAGAGGUGUACUCCGGCUACGACAACACACAGCCUGACACCACCGACCACCUGCUGUCCAGUCUCAACCGCCUGGCCGGGAAGCAGAUGGUGCGCAUGGUGAAGUGGGCCAAAGUACUUCCAGGUUUCCGGGGCCUGCCCAUCGAGGACCAAAUCACCCUGAUCCAGUACUCGUGGAUGUGCCUGUCCUCCUUCUGCCUCAGCUGGCGCUCGUACAAACACACCAAUGGACAGAUGCUCUACUUUGCCCCUGACCUCAUCUUUAACGAGGACCGCAUGCAGCAGUCGGCCAUGUACGACCUGUGUCUGGGCAUGAGGCAGGUGAGCCAGGAGUUUGUGCGGCUGCAGCUGAGCUACGACGAGUUCCUCUCCAUGAAGGUCCUUCUGCUCCUCAGCACAGUUCCAAAAGAGGGUCUGAAGAACCAGGCGGCGUUCGAGGAGAUGAGGGUUAAUUACAUCAAGGAGCUCCGGCGCUCGGUGGGAAAAGCGACCAACAACUCUGGCCAAACCUGGCAGCGCUUCUUCCAGCUCACCAAGCUACUGGACGCCAUGCAUGAUCUGGUGGGGAACCUGUUGGACUUCUGCUUCUACACCUUUCGUGAGUCCCAGGCGCUGAAGGUGGAGUUCCCCGAGAUGCUGGUGGAGAUCAUCAGUGACCAGAUACCAAAGGUGGAGUCGGGCCUCACUCACACUAUCUACUUCCACAAGAAGUGACUCACGAAAAAACAGUUGGGACAGAAGUGACUUUGAGAACUGGAAGAGGGGGGCGCAAGCGGUUCAAGGACGGCCCGACGCCCCGACUGGUUGGCCUGCACCCGGUCGCCCAGAGUGCCAGCGGCCUCAUCUCGGAUGGGAAGGUUAAGUGACGUGGCGUCAGGCGGAUUUCGACCCCGCAGUCACCCAGAGCAGGUCGGAGCUGUGAAUAUGUCGUGGAGCCGGCGUGACACGCUGAGAAGCACUUGUGACAAAUGUGACAAAGCAUCCCGAAGUACCACCCGUGUCCCCCCGCCCCCCACCCCGCCCCAAAGACAGUAUUUUCUAUGGAGACGAAGCCAUACAUUUCUUAGGAUGCGCUAGAUAUAUACAUGCACACACACACACACACACACACACACACACACAUAGAGGGAAAUUGAUACACAUGCUCUCCACAUGCCUUCACGCAAAAUGCACAGAUGCACCCCACAUGCACUAAAAUCAGAUUCCCUUACAAAUCUAGAGAUAAUGAUUUUUGCAAGCAUUUACUGUGGCUUAUGCAGUCUUUCACGAGUAAUAGCACUAAAAAACAACAACAUGCCAAUACUUAAAUUUUUGCUUUGCAGUGUAGCAACAUACUGCAAGACUACAGGGCAAAGGACAUCAUGAGGAGGCACAGAAAUUAUAGACUGUCAAGCAAAAUGUCUAUUUGAAUAUAUUCCAAGGGCUAUACAAGCGUCAUAAUAAGCUUAAUAAUUACAUUAAAUCUAACAAGUCCAAGUCUGAAGCUCGGCCGGUAUCAUAACAGCCAUCGUUAACAUUCACACACUGAGUUUUUGAAUUAUAACAUGUAGUAAAAACAAUCAAAACUAAUAUGCAAAAGGUCCAAAGCUAACUCUGUUUUGAAUUAAAAAAUGUCUCUCUUUGUAAAAGAAAGCUCGCACGUGAAGCUCCCAUGUCAUGAAAUCACUAUUUUGGUCAUUGUGGUGUAGAAUUAAGACAACAUCGACGAGCAAUUUUACCGCUGUGCAAAAAAAAAAAAAAAAAUGGUCGGGAUGGAAAACAUCGAGCAUUAAAGCAAAUUAUGUCAGUGGCGUCCGCUGGUAAUGGAUUUGACUGAGGUGCAUCCAUAGUAAUUGCUGUCAUUUGUGUUAUCUCCAGAGCAGCUGUCCAAAUGUCUGUUUUUAACUCACAAUAAAGCAAAACCAGCCCUUUGUGAAUCAAUACUUAUCUACUCUUCCCAGAAAUAAUAAUAAUAAUAAUAAUAAUAAUAACAACAAAAACAAAAAAAAGCAUUUUAUAAAGGUGUGUUGCAAAGGUUUAGUUUUUUGACGAGUCAGUCAUUUUACAUUAAGGUGCUUCAUUUCUACAAAGCCAGGCGAAACAUAACGUGUACAGUAACUCGUGGGUCGGUCCGUACGAUACACUACGUGGACGCGCAGUCUAAAGUUGAUAUAAUCCAAAAUGGAGCAUUACUCUGCAGUGCUUACAGCAAACGGCUAAUGUAUCAAAACCAGGCAAAAUGUGUACAGGUAUUAAAACUUCUUAAACACCUUCUAUUCAGCUGUUGUACAUACGUUUUGGAAGUACAUGUUGAUGAGUGCUUGAUGACGAACUGUUGGUGUAAUCUUCACCUCUCCUGAUUUAGUUUGUUUCCUUUCUCUUAGCUUUGGGCCAAGUUCCUACUAUUUCAGGCAGGCCCGGUCAUCUGGACCAUUACCUUGUCGUCUCGCGCCCCGCUGCUUGCUGGGUGGUUGUGGAACACUACUAUAAUGCUACUGAAAAAAGCGAUAGAGCCGCCGGGGAAGAAAAAAAGAAAUGUGGGUGUGCGUUUUUCUUUCUUUCUGUGCCCUGUGAGCGUGUAUAUACAUGUGAGUAAAGAGCGAGCGUGAGUGAGUGUGUGCGUGCGUGCGCGUGCGUGUGCGUUUUGUUUUUGUUUUUUUCAUGGCAAGCAUGUGCAUAGUUGAUCUGCUCUCUCGGCGUGGGUAUUAUGCAUUUUUAUGUUAUGGGAUUAGCCAUAUCCUAUUUCCACAUUUAGAUUUGCACAGAGGAGAUACAAUGUGAAAUGAGGCAUUAAUGCAGCUAGCAGGAAUUGUCUGUUUUGAGAAGCAACUGUGAUGAUCCGGGGGAAAAGACUUUCUGCAUGGUCAACCAGCCUAAAAUGAAACAACAUGACAUCAUUCGGCGCGGCGCGGCGCGGAGGGCUUCGUGCUUCGUGCUUCGUGCUUCGUGCUUCUUUCCCUCGUACUCGCGGCCUCGCCACUCGUAAACCAUGGCACUGCGAGGUCUCUCCUCGGUGGGAAGCACCGGUGUGGGGACUGAUGGACAAAGAGGUGGAGGUGCCGGGAUCACAACUGUCACCGGGGACUGUAUGAAAAUGAUUAAGUGGGAGGGCCGGGUCAGAACAGGGGCAAGGUUAUGCAUUGUUAAUUUCUGCUCGUGGGAGUGUAGACAGGGCGGGGCGGGGCGGGCGGGGCGGGCAGGCGGGGGGGGGUUCAACCUUUAAUUAAUUCUGGGGUAAAAAUAUUGGUAUUGUUAGUCGGUCACUUUCAUUGGCCUAACAGUUUAACAUCUUGCAAUUUAAGUUCAUGAAACACGCUGCAUUUUCUCAUAUUUUUAUUCUUGCCAUUGACAUAUUACUAAUGAGUAACUGGGGAGGGGGUAGUGCAUUUUUUUUUUUGCCGUUAGACUUGACCGAGUUACAAUAUUAUUAUCACGCUCCACCAUUGUCAUACAGUCCCUAAUCUGAAGGGCCUCGUUUUACAAUCGGACUUUGUCGUGCGUCAUUGUGUUCAAGUUGUGAAGGACCCUUAAGCUAAUCUCUCACUGUUUCUUUAUUUUCACCCCUUUUUUUGUUGUCGUCCUUUUUAAGGAAUUAAAAAAAAACAACUGUCUAAAGGUUCAUAGGAUGACUGGGAAAGUAUUUUUGAGAGAAUUAUAUUUUGCUGGAAAACAAUAUUUAAGUACUUUGUCUAAAAAUGAUAUCCUUUUUGUAAAAUGAAAUGUUAAUGCAUGCUUUUUGAUGAGAUGUUUACAUUGUAUUUAAAAAAGGGAAACUUGUGCCUUUUUAUCUCACCUGAUUUACAAUUUUACAGUAUAUAUUGUACAUAAUACAGCAAGUCCUUAUGUUGAGUAUAGUAUAAGACAUUUCUACAUUAACCAUCCUGUUGGAAUAUUUGAAGUUUCCCACUCGCCAUGUUCUGUGUUGGACCACAGGGAAGAAUUCACAGUGAGGGUCGGCGGCAGAAAAGGGCCAAACAGAGAAAUGAAUGUAUCAUACAUUGUGAGAGACUUAUGGAACUUACUACCUGAAUGUUAGCGAGAGUAAAAAAAAUAAAUAAAAAUAAAAUAAAUACAUGAAUAAAUAAAAAAGAUAAUAAUAAUCCAAAAAGUAUUUCUUAUUUUGUAACGAGAAGUGAUGGACCGCUGAGUUGUCGCUGUUGAAAUUAUUCCCUAACCCCUGGCGGUCAUUGUCGCUGAGCGCCACAAUGAAAUGGAGAAGUCGCGAGCCAUUGAAAGUGGGUCACGCGCAGGAAAGUUCUCGGCCUUUUCAGUUUGAAAACACAAACGUCGAGCGAACACACGGGAUGAAAUGAAACAUGGGAUGUGCAGAUAGUCCGACCUGCAAGAUUAGCUUUUGACCAGUUAUUCAUUGGUCCUCACUUGGACCUCCUCAAAGUAGAUCAUUGAUGAGGACAAUUGUAGCCCUGAUGUUAUCAAGCCCCUGUAUGGUCCUCUGAGCCUCCAGAUGAAGUUUCACUGACGGCUAUUUAUACACCUUUUUAAUUUUCCUCCUGAUGGCGGUCAACUUCUGGUGAAGGCCGGUAGCACAAGGGAGCAGCUGGGAGCCGCAUAGAAAUGUCAUGAGUCGCCCCCCCCCCCCAUCUCUUGUUCUGCUGCAUCAGUUUUAGGUCUAUUGUGAGUCCAACAACGUUACAUUAGUGCAAUACUAAAUCAGUGGCGCACUAUAACAGACAGAAAUGAUAGUGGUAGAACCUUCUCAGAGGCCAGUUGAGUGUGUCUCCCAUAACGCUGAGCCAACCGCCAGAAGGAAUAUGACUAACGUCUCUUUGAUGGUCAUGAAUCAACCCCUACUGGGAAAAAAAAAAAGAAGGGAAAAAAACAAACUUUUCCCGCCCGACUCGAGGAAGCAAAGUUAUUGUCGUCGCCGUUUCCUUGUAAAUGAAUUCUCCCUUUUUUCAAACACGAGUGACUCCGAAUGUGUCUCACUGCGGCUCCACGGUGAACCGUCGCGUCGUGGCCCUUUUCCUGCUCACGGCGACCAACCGGCUGCAGAGAGACUAUAGCCACAUCUCCACAGCCGUGGCAGUGCGCUUUCUUUACGAGCAUAUAAUCACAUGCUUUUAUUCUUCGUUCUUUUUGUUUUCUCCAGUUCCAAAACAUGGAACUUUUUACCGAGACGCUUUGUACAAUAUUUCUCAACAACAGACAGUCGACACCCUGCAGCAUAAACCAGUCAAAACACCUUUGGAACCAGUUACUACUGUACAUCUCCAUGCCGAUAUUUGCCAUAUUUGUGUUUGCAGAAAACAAUUGCAAGAUUCUAAUAAAAUUGUUAAAAAAAAGUGACAGCA